AUGGCGAAGAGGAAGCGCGACGCCCAGCCCGACGACGAGGCCUCCAAGCCUCAGAAGUCCUUCGCUGUGCAGCUCUCCAGCAGCGGCACCUCGUCCCCGCAGGACUCCGCGACACCCACAUCGCUGCAAAUUAUCACCGGUUCCUACGAGCGAGUCCUACAUGGCCUCACCGCCACCGUAGACCCCCAGGCCAACACGAAAGUGCGCUCUCAAGACAGCAAUGCCGUCAAGUUCGCCGAUACCUUUUUGUUCAACGCGCACGCUUCCGCCAUCCGCUGCCUCGCGGUCUCGCCGCCCUCCGACUCAUCCGACCCCAAGUCGCAGAAGGUCAUUCUCGCGAGCGGCAGCACCGAUGAACGCAUCAACCUUUACCAGCUCUCGACCGCACCCCCGCCUGCCCAUUCGCAGCCCUCGAUACCCACUCUCACCGGAACCCCGAGUAUGCACAAUCCCAAGAACCGCGAGAUGGGCUCACUGGUGCACCACUCGUCGAAUAUCAGCGCGUUGCACUUUCCCAGCCGGUCCAAGCUUUUCUCUGGUGCCGACGACAACACCAUAGCCAUCACGCGCACUCGCGACUGGACGGUGCUUUCGGCCAUCAAGGCGCCGAUACCAAAGGCGCAAGGAAGACCGAGCGGCGACACCGCCGGUCCCGGCGAGAUCCCCUCAGGGAUCAACGAUUUUGCCGUGCACCCCAGCCAGAAGCUCAUGAUCAGUGUCAGCAAAGGAGAGAAAUGCAUGCGGCUAUGGAACGUCAUGACCGGUAAGAAGGCCAGCGUCCUGAACUUCGACCGCGAGAUGCUGCAAAACGUCGGCGAGGGCAAGUGGUCUUCUGGCGAGGGCCGCAAGGUGAAAUGGAGCCCGGAUGGCGAGGAAUGGGUGGUGGCUUUCGAACGAGGCUUUGUGGUGUAUGGUCUGGACUCGCGGCCAAAGUCUCAGACAUUGCCCAGACCGAUGACGAAGAUCCACCAGAUUCACUACCUUCCUGGCCUUGGUGAGGAGCUUGGCGACAUCAUCUCCAUUUCCACAGAGGAUGGCCGCAUCUUGUUUUACUCGACCAAGGAGACCGUCACUCCGGCAGCAACCUCGGAAGCGGUCAAGAGUGGCAAGGAAGUCGCCGUACCCAACUGCAAGCUUAUUGCUCAGCUUGGCGGUAGAGCAGCGGGCCUGACUGGACGUAUAAAGGACUUUGAGUUACUGCCGGUUCCUGGAGCGGCAGACCAGUUCUUCAUCAUCACGGGCAGCAGCGACGGUGCCGUGAGGAUCUGGCGCUUGAGCCAAGGUGAGCUGAGCCUGCCUGCGGAUGACACAGCCAAUGGCGAUUCCACAACGCAACCGGAAAAGGACAGCGAAAGGGCCGCCAACGUUAGCAACACGCUCUCAGCCAAGCAAGUUGGGGAACUGAUCGGGACGCAUGAGACGGGGAAUCGUAUAACGUGCUUGAAGGCGUUCAUUAUGAACGGCACGCCUGAAGAGGAUGACGAAGUGCCCAUGGAGGAAGACGGAGCACCUAGCAGCGACGACAGCGACAGCGAGUAA